AUGACCGGCAAAAAGAAUCUGCUGGACGAGAUCAAGGUCGAUCACGACAACAUUCGUGACCUUCACAAACGCUUCCACGAUGCCUACAAGGCCGGUGACCACGGCCACUGCGAGGCCAUCGUCAACACGAUCAUCCACGAAGCCGCCGUCCACUCCGACGCUGAAGAGCUAUCGAUCUACAAGCUCAUGGAGCGCUUCAACAUGGCCUCGGCUGCCGAGAAGGAUCGCGACGAUCACCAACAGGUCAAGCAGGCCGUGUCCGAGCUCGACACGCAUCAGAUCUCGGGUGCUGGUCUCGACGUUUUCGCUCAAAAGGUCGACAAGGCUUGCCGUCUGUUCAUCGAACACGCCGAAGAAGAGGAGAACGACCAACUUCCUCGGCUCUGCAAAGAGCUUUCGGCCGACGAACAGUCCAAGGCUGUCGAUGACUUCCUGAGCGCCAGCAAGAUGGCCCCUACUCGACCUCAUCCUUCGGCUCCGCAGAGCGGCGGAAUGACGCAGAAGCUGGCGGGAGGUAUGAGCAAGCCCCUCGACAAGGCCGUGGAGAUGGGUCGCAAGUUUGUCGAUCAUGACUGCUUCAAUCGAGCUUUUCUACCUGCCAACUGGAUCGUGUUUCUGUCGAGCGUGCUGCUUUUUGACUGGGAAGCGCGCAUUAUCUUCACGCAGAAACUUGAGCUGGUAAGACUCUUGCGUCGAGUGCCGCCUUCCGAUCGAGGACAAGCUGCCAGCAGACCCACCGCAGCUAUUAAGAACACGAAUCCAUUAACGAAGACAAAAGAACGGCUAUACCAACGACAGAAGACAUCCAGCACGGUGCGAGUUCAACACGAUCCGAAUCCAGAUCCAGCACAAAUCGACUAA